UUGAGUUGGUGUGAUGUUAAACAAAGUGGAAAAAAAUCUAAAAACAUGAUUGAAAUUACUUGUAACGACCGUUUGGGUAAAAAGGUUCGCGUAAAAUGCAAUCCUGAUGAUACUAUUGGUGAUCUGAAGAAAUUGAUUGCUGCACAGACUGGGACUAGAUAUGAUAAAAUUGUUCUCAAAAAAUGGUACACUAUCUAUAAGGAUCCAAUUAAGUUAUCGGACUAUGAGAUUCACGAUGGAAUGAAUUUAGAGCUGUACUACCAAUAAAUAUUAGUUUUAUAUUGGAGAAAACACUUGUACUUUUUGGAUUUUUUUUUAAAUGAAUGGAAUUCAAUGGCAGUAAUUUUGU